AGUAGCAGCAGCAGUGUUUUGUCAUUGAUUCUCUUCCGACAGAAAGAUACAGAGACAGCAAAAUAACAUGAUGUUUUCAACAAUAAAUGAUUUAAUUCCUGCUGCACUGGCUGUGAUAAGUAUUUAUCUUCUCCUUCAGUGGUAUCUUCGGACACUUACAGUUAAAGAAUUCAAUCAGAAAUAUGUGUUAGUCACUGGUUGUGAUACAGGCUUUGGGUACCUUCUGGCCAAACAACUAGAUGUACUUGGUUUUAAUGUAUUUGCUACUUGUCUAACUAAAGAAGCAAUAUCUGAUCUUCAUGCCAUCUGUACAAAAAGAUUAGAAGCAUUUUUGAUGGAUGUUACCAAAAAAGAAGACAUUGAAAGGAUUGAAAAAUUUGUCAGAUCUCGGCUUCCAAAAGAUACAGGUUUGUGGGCCUUAGUUAACAAUGCUGGUGUCAUGUCUACCCUUUUGUUCCCUGAUUGCUACUCACGAAAACAUUAUACUGAAGUUAUGGAUGUAAAUGUCUAUGGAAUGAUUGAUGUCACCACAGCUUUCUUGCCAUUACUGCGCAUGUCAAAAGGAAGAAUUGUUAAUGUGUCCAGUGUCUUAGGGAAAAUUACCCCUCCUGUAUUUAUACCAUAUUGCAUAUCAAAACAUGCUGUAGAGGCAUAUUCAAAUGGCCUUAGAUGUAGUUUAAAACUACAAAAUGUAACUGUCCAUAUAAUCGAACCAGGUUGUUUCAUGACAAAUCUAACGUCAUAUGAAAUAAUUGAAAAUAGAUCAAGACAAGAUUUUGCUGCUGCUUCCAUUGAUGUUCAACAAUUCUAUGGUAACAAGUUCUUUGAAUCCUUUAUUUCCAAUCUACGAAUCAUUAACACUGUAGCUGACACGAACCUUCAGCGAGUGUUGUCUUGUCAUUUACAUGCCAUCUCUGCCAGAUAUCCAAAGUACAGGUAUCGCACUGGUUAUGAUGCCACCAUUAUCAUUCCACUGUUACGAAUGUUCCCUGUAUGGCUGUCAGACAAGAUUUUAACAUAUAAUUAUGAAAUACCUGCUGGAGUUAAAAAGCAUUAA